AUGAAUGAAAAUAUUAUUCAAACAAUCUUGUCAUCAACUAUUAUAAAAAAUCAACCAUUUCAAUCAUUAAAAUUAUCACCAAAUGAUUGGAUCAUAUCUUCAAUUCAUAGCAUUAGUUGUAUCUAUUUUUAUAAUAUUCAACAAUGGUCAUUAUAUGAAAAACAAUCAAACGAUAUGUUCAUAAAUGUUGAACGAUUAAUCUUAAGUUUAAGAAAAUUACUUGAAUAUUAUCCAUUAUUAAAUGGUGUAUUGAAAUUAUUCGAUGAAGAUAAUAAAGUAUCUAUAGUACAAAAUGAUUCUAAAGGUGGUAUUCUAUUUGUUUCUACAACAGUUAAUAUUUCAUUAAGUCAAUUACCAUUAUCAUUUGAAGAAUAUACAAAUACCAAUAUAAUACCAGCAGAACUUCAGUUAGUCAAUAUAGUCGAUGUUGAUACUUUAUUGCAUGUUCGUCAUACUCGAUUUUUAUGUGGUAGUGUUGCAUUUGGUAUUAGUUUAAAUCAUCAAGUUGGUGAUGCUCAUUCAUAUUUUCAAAUUGUUAAAGAUUGGGCACAAUUAUAUAAAAAUUUAGACUAUCAACCAAAUGUUUGCCAUCAACGAUCACUUCUUGAACUAAAUCUAACAGAUAUUGAAAUAUUGAAAAAGACAAAUCCAAAUUUUAACAAUCGAAAAAGUCUUUCUGUAAAUAUAGAAACAUCUUCAUUAGUACAACAAACAAAACAAAUCAUUUUGAAAACAUUUCGAUUUUCAGCUGAUGAACUCAAUCGAAUGAAAUCCGAUGCUUCUAGUCAUUUAUCAUCUAAUGUAACUUAUGUAUCAACAUUUGAUGUUCUUACUGCUCAUCUUUAUCGACAUGUAAUGCUUGCUCGUAAUUAUUCUAAAUCAUCAAUUACAAAACUUUAUAUUUCAACUGAUAUACGUCCACGUCUAACACAACCAUCAAUUCCUAAUACUUAUUUUGGAAAUGGAACUAUGUUAUCUUAUUUAGAAAUGAAUAUGACAGAAUUAAUAAAUACAAAUUGUCUUGGUUUAUUAGCUAGUCAAAUUCAUAAAGCUAUUGAAGAAAAUAAUAAUAAUGAUAUACGAACUACACUUUCUUGGAUAAUUUGUCAAAUAGAUAAAAAAAAGAUUUUACCAACAUGGAAUUUAGAUGAAACAGAUUUUACAAUAUCAGCUUGGAAUAAAAUGGGAAUGUAUUCAGAUUCAGAUUUUGAAUUUGGUGUUUAUCCAUGUCGAAUUUUAUUUCCCAGAGAUACAAAAUAUAAUGGUGCAGCUAAUUUAUUUUCAACAGAAAAAAAUGAUACAAGUAUUGAUGUAAUACUUGGAUUAGAAAUUAAUGAAAUGGAACGAAUGGAAAAAAACUCGGAAUUUAGAAAAUAUCGUGUAUAG